CUGCUGGCAACAAUCACUCUAGAGAAUCGCAUAGAGAAUUGAAAAUUUUACAGAGCGCCGAAAAAGUUGUUUAAUAAACGAAUGCUUUUCUAGAAUUUCCGAUCACCGACCACGGUGCUUUUCGGCCGAUUCCAAAAACUGAAGCUAUGCAAAAUAGUGGAUUUGUUUUAUCUGAGUAUAAAGAAAUAAAUUCGUUACUUAUCAAACCUAUAAUUGCCACUCAACGAAUAAAAUACACAUGUUUCAAUGUAUCAACAAACCAUAUUGUUCUUGGCUCUUCAAGCGGAAGCCUUUAUUUAUUUAAAAAAGAGUCAUGUGUUUUUCAACAGCUUUUUCCUAUAUCGGAAGGGACUGUCACUCAAGUAUUGAUAUCACCAGAUGAAAAAGCAAUUGCCCUUUCAACAAAACGUGGAAGUGUCUGUAUCAUUAGUUUGAAGCCAUCAGUUAAAUUGUUAUUAGUUUCAAAUGAACAUAUUGGAAAAAUAGUCACCUGUCUAUGUUGGAAUGACAAAAGUACAGAGGUCUAUGUUGGCGAUGAUCAUGGGAAAAUAUCAACAAUUUUUUUGUCUAUAUUUGCUGUAAAUGGUAUAUUUCAAACACCAUCAUGUGCUUUGAUGCACCUUGACUCAAGUAUUAUACAGACAGAUUAUAUAUCACACUACUUAUUGGUCUCAACGCUAACACGUUGUUAUAUUUGUGAUACAACUUAUGAACAAUUUAAACAAAUCGGAAACAAAGCUCGUGAUGGUAAUUAUGGAGCAUGUUUUUUCAAUCGAACUUAUCACAUUGGGAAUAAAAGAACAAUCCAAAGUCAAGCAAAACGUGUUAAAAAAUGUAAUAAUGCGAAUUCUAUUAUCGAAAAAGAUGACAAUAUUUUAGAUCAAAAUAUAGUUAUUAUUUGUGCAAGGCCUGGCUGCAGGCUUUGGGAAGUAACUAUUGGUGGAAUUGUCGUCAAAACCCAUGAAUUUAAAAAUGCACUCGCACUUCCUUCAACAAAUAUUUUUCAAUCUUCUAAUGUCCACUUUUUAAAUGAAAGUCAACAAAAUGAAGAAAUAGUCGGUAGACAAAUACUCAAUUUUUCACGUUUAUACGUGUUUAAGCAAAAGUACUUGAUAACUUUUACUUCAAAAGGCUUAUAUGUAAUUGAUAUUGAGAAUGCUGCAAUCAUAUUAUGGACAGACCAAUUGAAAAAUAUAUCAGCUGCUCAAACAUUUGAUGAUAAAAUAUAUCUUAUGAAAAAAUCUGGAACGUUUCACUGUCUUGUUUUAAAUACUGUCGAUAAUUUGAUUAUGAAAUUAUAUGAAGGUAAAAUGUAUAACGACUGUUUACGAGCAUGCAUGACAUUCCGUUCAGAUUUAAUGAAUUUUUCUCAAAGUAAUAUCAAAAACACCGAUAACAUAACAUCAAUAAAUAAUAUAGCAUUGAUCCUUAAGCCCGUUUUAUCAAUUAUACAAUCAAAUUCCAGUAAUUCACCGAAGAUAUUAAGUUCCGGAAUUGUAGUAGUAAAUAUCAGAAAUUCUAAAUUGACAUCGCUCACGGAGCAUCGAAACGAUGAUAAUAAAAAAUGUAAUUUAUCUCAAAACUGCAAAUUUGAAGAUAACAAUUUCAAAGACCCUAUUUGCAAAAAAUUCGUAACAGUAAAAAAAAACUCUCUAAAACUGAAUACGAUAGACAACAAAAAAAAAAAUUCAAGUGAAACUUCACUAAAUACAUAUUCAGUCCAUAAUCAUCAUUUAAAAACAUUUUCAUUGAUCGCAUUAAGAGCUGCAAAUUUUCAAACUGACUUUUAUCCAAUCGAUUUACUAAAAGCCUCUAUGACAAAAAAUGAUCUUGAACAAGUGAUAUUAAGAGUAUCUGAGAGUUUUACCAACGUAAAUGCAAAAUACAUGAAUAUAAAAAGCUUUCAUAAACACUCACAUGAAAUCAGUAAAUCGUUACAAAAGCAUUAUGAUAUACUUUUAACGAAUAUUUCGUGUGACAUAUUGAAAAGAAGCUCAAAGCAUUGCAUACGAGAUGAACUUUUGAAAGCCUAUGUAUAUCUUAAACUGUCAGAAUCUAUUGCUUGUUUUUGUGGAUAUGAAAAAAAUAAUAAAACGGCGGACGAGCCAAUUUUGUCAGAUUUCGGUAGAGCUUCAUUCUUCCAAUUAUCACAUAAAGAUAGCUGUAUCGGAUUAUAUAGACACACGCCAUAUAUGUCGCAAUAUUAUUUACUCAGUCAUUCAAGUAAAAAUGAUGAUCUUGAUACGAAAGAUGAUAUUGCUAUUACUAUUUUACUUUCACUUAUGAACUUAAAACAAUGGAAAAUACAUUGUACACACUUUGUACAUUGUAUAAAAGAAUUGAAAAAAGAUCAUUUUACUAAGUCUGACAAUGAUAAAAAUCAAAAUGAUAUGGUUGAUUGGAGUAAAAUCGUAUUUUCAAUUAUGAAACAACAAGGGACUGAUAAAGCUAUGUUGAAUCUUCGGCUUCUCGAGUCAUAUGUGCCAAAAACGAAAAUAAAAAAAAGCAUAUUUGGAUCACUCAUAUUUAACAAAUUAUUGAAUUAUCAUGGAUUCAAACAAAAAACCAUCUUUGAUCAAAAGAUAUUUUUCAAUAAGUACAGCUCAGUUUGUUUUGCAAAGAUAAAGAAGCUUCUCGUUGACACUUUGGAGAAAGAUCUCAGGAAAAAUGUAAGUGGUAAUAAUUUUGGAAGUGGUGCUCAUCAUUGGGGCUUUUUAUAUGAAGGAAGAACAGCGACAUGCCCAUGCUGUACUCUUGCGUUACGCACUCCAAUUCUUUUGGACAAUGGUCUUUCGAUUUUUCCUUGUGGUCAUGCUUAUCAUGUAAACUGUCUCUUACAAAAAAAAUUAACUCGUUGUUUUCUACACUAUUGACAUAUAAUUAUUAAAUGUUGUAAGAAGACAAGAUUGAUUAAGGUCCCUGGUGAAAAUAAUUUAGCGGAUUAUGUCAUAAUAUGCAAUAAAAUGACAGGAAAAUUAUGGCAUAAUAUGACAUAAUCUGACAUCUACUGUCAUUAUUACUUCCCAGAAUUUGUCGGAAAAUGCCGAAAUUUCUAAGGUUAUUCGGACUUCCGACAAAUUCUGACAAGAUUUUUUUUUGAAGAUUAUGCCAUAUUAUGACAUAUUACGACAUAAUCCGCCAUUUUUUAACGUCAAUUUAUAGCAUUUUAUGUCAUAACCUGCCAAUUUUUUACGGCAUAUUAUGGCAUCUGGCAAAUUUCUGAUAUUUAUUAAACAUAAUUAUUUACGUAUUUUUCAUUUUCACUUCUUUCAAACAAUUACGGGAAAAAUUGAUUGUUUAAAUUUUUUUAAUAUUAUAUCGUAAUAUUUUUGAAUAUGAAUAUGAUAGAUCCGUAUUGUAUAUAUAUAAGAACUAGUUGUAAGAUGACCACAUGCGAGAAACUUCAAAUAACAAUGUACAAGAAAUGUAAAAAAAAUGGUAUCACUUAAAAAAUUUCUUGCGUAAUAAUUCAAUGACAAAAUCACAUAAUUAAAACAACGACGUGAUCGAGAGGAAAACAUUAUUUCCUAGAAAAAUUAUUAUCAAAGUGAUUUUGCUAACAUCCAAAAAAUAUGACAAAAUAUGUUAUUUUCUGGAAAAUGAAUUUUUAGAUGAUACCAAGUUGCUUAUCCAAGCAUAUAAAACUUAUCAUCUCUGGUAGAAAUAUUUCUCCACCUUUUGUCCAACUUUGUCCACUUUUUUACGAAAAUGUCCCAUGGUUGAAGGAAUGAUGGAGAAAUUUCUCUGCCAUUUCUCCAACCACAAAUUUUCCAACUCUUCUCCAUCAUUUCUCCAACUUUUUCCGAAAUUUUUCCCAACUUUUCUCCAACUUUUUUCUAAUUUUUAAUUUAGAAUUUUUACAAAAAAAAAUUACUUAUUAUCAAUUGUUACAUAACGCAAAGCAUGAUGAUGUUUAUUUCUUUUAAAAAAAAUAAAAAUUCAAUGACACUUUUUUUCCAAAAAGUUGAUAUACCUAAGGUACUUGAUUUACAAAACUCCCGUGAGCUGUAAAAGAUGGUGGCAGAUGGUAAUUUACGAAUAAAAUUAUCAACAACAAUAAUAAUAGUUUACUCCAACAAUUUACUUAUCAAAUUUAGACAUCAAAUAUGCGCAGGAUAAUUCUAUCUCGCUUCAACUUACAGUAUGAUUCCCUAAAAUCGUAACUUGGCUUGUCAUUUGGAAAUGAAAUUCCAUAAUAUGGACAGCUGGAUCACGAUAAGUAGCAUUCGAUAUUUUUGUUGAUCCACCAAUUAUCUCGAUUAUGUUAUUUAUUUUUAUUUUUGGUUUUUUAUUCUGCGAUAUGAAUUUUCUUGCAAUUCUUAAUAAGAUUCUUUCCUUUUCAUGAAAUUCAUCGUUGAAAUUUCAGUCGACUGGAUAAUAUCUGUCGAUUCUACUUCAAUCUAAAUGUCU